UGUCUCCACCAGUAUGUAUUUUGAUGGUCUGCUGGUGACCGGUCUCUACACGUCCACUCCUGUCCAGUCUGCUCCUAUCCCUGCUCCUGCUGCCUUCGGCUUCGGUGUGAUGCCGGAGCAGCGUCAGUUUAGGACUCAGUUUGUGUGUAGUGUCGUGGCGUCUCACGUCAGCCACCAGCCCUCCACCAGUCUCAGCUUCGUCUGGAUUGCUCCUCCGCCCAGCACCGGCUGUGUCAACUUCCUGGCCACUGCUACACAUCGAGGACAGAUCAUCUUCAAGGACACUCUUGCCCAGCAGCUGUGUGAGCAGGGAGCCCCUACGGAAUCGCCAUUGAGACCCAGUCUUGCUGAGAUCCAUGGGAACCAUGCGGUGCUCCGUGAUGACUUUGACUCCAACCUGCAGGGAGAGCUGGACCUUAGAAUUUGGUCAGAGUGUAGUAACUGUGAGGUAGGAGAGCAGUGUGGGGUUCUGAUGCAUGGCAGAGCUGUCACCUUCUGUGAGCCAUUCAGAGAGAGAGAACUGACCACUGUACCUCUCAACACCACCACAGCCUCUGUACUGCAGUUUGCUCUCGGUUCAGGCACAUGUAGGUCAGUUACUCCGACCCGAGCAUCAUCGUGGCGUUCAGUCUGAACAAGAAACAACGGCUCAAUGACUGGAUCACCCUGGAGA